GUCCAAAGGCUGUGGUGAUUUAGGUAGAGUUGGUGGUAAUUCUAAGUUUGUGGUUGGCCUGUGACUUGUCUUGGGUAGGCAAGUAGUACAAUAUUUGUCACAAAAUGGCUUCUCAGAUUUGUCAAAACUAUCACCAGGAUUGUGAAGCUGCUGUCAACAAGCAGAUUAACCUGGAGCUCACUGCCUCCUAUCUCUAUCAAUCUUUGAUGUCGUACUUUGACCGGGAUGAUGUUGCCCUGCACCAUUUCUCUCAGUUCUUCAAAGCUCAGUCCCAGGAGAAGCAGGAACAUGCAGAGAAGCUGCUGAAAUUCCAGAAUCAGCGUGGAGGCAGAGUCCUCCUCCAGGAUGUGAAGAAGCCAGAGAGGGAUGAGUGGGGUAACGGUCUGCAGGCAAUGCAGGUUGCCCUGGAUCUGGAGAAGAAUGUGAACCAGAGUUUGCUGGAUCUACAUCAACUUGCCACUGCCCAGACUGACCCUCAUAUGUUGUACUUUGACCGGGAUGAUGUUGCCCUGCACCAUUUCUCCCAGUUCUUCAAAGCUCAGUCCCAGGAGAAGCAGGAACAUGCAGAGAAGCUGCUGAAAUUCCAGAAUCAGCGUGGAGGCAGAGUCCUCCUCCAGGAUGUGAAGAAGCCAGAGAGGGAUGAGUGGGGUAACGGUCUGCAGGCAAUGCAGGUUGCCCUGGAUCUGGAGAAGAAUGUGAACCAGAGUUUGCUGGAUCUACACCAACUUGCCACUGCCCAGACUGACCCUCAUCUGUGUGACUUCCUGGAGACUCACUAUUUGGAUGAGGAGGUUGAGAUCAUCAAGCGACUUGGGGACUACAUCACCAACCUGAAGCGUCUGGGAGCUCCUGAGAAUGGGCUGGGAGAGUACCUGUUUGACAGGCUCUCGCUGGAGGACAGCAGUUAGUGGGGCCUGGGGUACUGUCUGCUCUUGUCUGAAUGCAUUACUGACUUCACUUGGACAAUCUGGCUCCUCCCUAGGGAGAAGGAAUGUUUGCAAGGAUGUAAUGACUGUACCACCUGAAUGGAAAUGAAUAAAACCCUGUACGUACCUUA